GCUCCUGUUGGAGUUAAUCGUCUUCUUCGGAGAAAAAUGAAGCCCCAAUCGCCAUUCUCGAUCUACACGAGCCGCCAACACCUCAAACUUCUCUCGGGGCUUCUUCUCUUCGCCUUAGGCUUCGUUUUCGGCAUCAUCUCCAGCUUCUACUUCGUCAGCAGUGACGGCUGGACUUCUCCUCCCCCCCUGCUGGAAUUGUCCUCGCGACCUUCUGCGAUCGCGCUGUCAGUCGAUCGCAGCACAGCUGCAUCGAAAUCGCCGAGCGAGGCGACGAUGCACGGCAUGACAGAGGAGGAGCUGCUGUGGAGGGCGUCCAUGGUGCCGAGGAUCCGAAGGCCGCCGUCGGCGGAGAGCAAGCCGAAGGUGGCGUUUUUGUUCCUGACGAGGGGGGAGCUGCCGCUGGCUCCGCUGUGGGAGAAGUUCUUCGAGGGGAACGAGGGAUUGUACUCUGUUUACGUCCAUGCCAAUCCGGAAUUCAAUGGUUCAGCGCCGCCCAAGGGAUCGGCUUUCUACGGAAGAAGAAUUCCCAGUAAGAGAGUGACGUGGGGUGGGAUGGACAUGAUGGAAGCGGAGCGGCGGCUGCUGGCCAACGCCCUCCUCGACUGGGACAACCGGCGAUUCGUGCUUUUGUCGGAGUCGUGCAUCCCGCUCUUCGACUUCCGCACCGUCUACUCCUACCUCGUCGACUCCGCCCGCGUCCACGUGGAGUGCUACGAUCUGCCCGGCCCCACCGGACGCGGCCGCUUCCCGGCCCGCCUCCGCCCUCACCUGACCCCGCGCCAGUGGCGCAAGGGCUCGCAGUGGUUCGACAUCGACCGCGACCUCGCGCUCGAGGUCGUGUCGGACACCGCCUUCUUCCCGCUCUUCCAGCGGCACUGCGGAGCCCGGUGCUUCGCCGACGAGCACUACUUGCCGACGCUGGUGAACGCGAGGUUCCGGCACCGGAACCAGAACCGGAGCUUGACGUGGGUGGACUGGUCGAGGGGCGGGUCGCACCCGGCCAGAUUUCGGAGAGGAAGCGUGACGGUGGAGUUGCUGGAGAAGAUGAGGAACGGGAAUCGGUCCUGUGGCUACGACGGGCGAAGAAGCGGGGCGUGCUUCUUGUUCGCGAGGAAGUUCUUGGCCGAUUCUCUGGAUCGGCUGCUAGGGAUUGCGCCCAGCCUCAUGGGUUUUAACUCCCAACACGGGUAAAAAUUUGAGGGGAGCCGAUUCCGUCGACUGAUUUUUUCUUUUUUGUUUUUUCCAGACAAUAAAAAUAGAAUAUACAUCCAUACACAUCAGUUCGUGUUCUGUUUUUGAAAUGAUUAAACUGAAUAAAUCGAAAUAAUUUAA